AUGGUCAGAACAGGCACUUUGGUGUCUCUGCUCCAGCUCCUCAGCACCCUUGCUCCCAGAGGAGCUUUCCCUCAGGAUACCCUCUACCCCUUUGGACCAGCUCACAGGGAUUUAGAAACCCCCAAGAUGGAUGACGGCAGCUCUCCAGAGAUUCCACUAGUCAUUCCAUUCAUUUUCUUCAGUGUGCCUUAUAGGUCCCUAUAUGUCAACAACAAUGGAGUGAUCUCCUUCAAUAUCCAGGUGAGUCAGUUCACUCCAGAGGCUUUUCCGCUCAGUGAUAGCCGUUCCUUCAUUGCCCCUUUAUGGGCUGACGUGCACAAUGGUAUCCGUGGGGAUGUGUACUACCGUGAGGCAACAAACCCCGAGAUCCUGGAAAGGGCCACUCAGGAUGUCAGAAAGUAUUUUAAGAAUAGAGCUUCCUUCACUGCCACUUGGGUCUUUAUUACAACCUGGAACCAAGUCACCUUUUAUGGAGGCAGCCAGAGCACACCGGUAAAUACAUUUCAGGCGGUGUUAAUCUCUGACGGCCAAAGUUAUUUUGCAAUGUUUAACUAUGGAGAGAUCAACUGGAGCACUGGCACAGCUAGUGGAGGAGACCCUCUAACAGGACUGGGAGGAACCACAGCACAGGCAGGUUUCAACGGUGGAGAUGUCAGCCAUUUCUUCAACCUUCCCGGAUCACGCUCAAAUGAAGUAUUGAACAUCGAACAAACGACUAAUGUCAACUUGCCUGGACGGUGGUUCUUCCGCAUUGACACAGACCAGAUAGACCCAGCAAAUGGCUGCAGCCACAUUGGGCGGUUUUACCGGCGUGGGGAGUUGUUCUGGCUGUCAGACCAAUGCGCUCAGCGAUGUAGAUGUCUUGAUGUGGAUAAUGAGGUGAUCUGUCAGGAAACUCCAUGCGGUCAGUUAGAGACUUGUGAACAGGUGGAAGGGGCCUUCUAUUGCCAGCCCACCCGCACCAGCACAUGUGUGGUGUUUGGAGACCCCCACUACCACACUUUCGAUGGAUUUCUCUAUCACUUCCAGGGUACUUGCUCGUACCUGCUGGCUCGUCCGUGCUGGGAAAUGCCUGGUUUGCCUUUCUUCAGUGUGGAAGCCAAGAAUGAGAACCGCGGUGUGACCUCCGUGUCCUGGCUACGGGAUGUCUCAGUAGAGGUGUAUAACCACCGUGUCACUCUACCCAAAGGGACUCUGGGAACCGUUCAGGUAGAUGGCCUGAUAAAGACUCUCCCUGUUCAACUUCAACUAGGCGCAGUCAAGGUUUACCAAUCUGGCGUUGCUGUCGCUUUGGAAACAGACUUUGGUCUCUUGGUGACCUACGACGGAUUGCACUACGCCUCCAUCUCCCUCCCCAGCUCCUAUUUCAACAACACUUGCGGCCUAUGUGGGAACUACAAUGAUGACCCUGCCGAUGACCCUGUGUUGCCAGAUGGCUCUCUGGCAGAGAGUGUAGUGGAACUGGGUGGUAGCUGGCGAGCUGAGGACACAGAUUUUCGCUGUACAGACGGCUGUGCCCAGAACUGUAGCCUGUGUGAGCCAGCAGCCGAAGCGUUCUACUUUCGCUCAGAUUACUGCGGGCUGAUCAAUAAGACUGAUGGGCCAUUUAGAGACUGCAGGGCUGUGGUAGACCCUACAGUAUUUGUUUACAGCUGUGUGUAUGAUAUGUGCAGUAAUCGUGAUAACAUCACUACCCUGUGCCAGGCUAUACAGGCCUAUGCACUUGCAUGCCAGGCCCUGGGGGUCACUAUUCGUCCUUGGAGAUCACGCUCUUUCUGUGCUCUGACGUGUCCUGAGAACAGCCACUACCAGGUCUGCACCAGUGCAUGUCCUGCCUCCUGCUCCGACCUGACUUCUCCCCUUUACUGCACCCAUCCAUGCACAGAGGGCUGUCAGUGUGACCAGGGCUAUGUGCUGAGUGGUAGCCGUUGUGUCCGUCACUCUGAGUGUGGAUGUGAACGUGAUGGCCUCUACUAUGCCCUAAAUGAGUCCUUCUGGGCGGGGGAAGGGGGUGAGGUAGGUGGCGAAUGCUCCCAGCGCUGCGUGUGCGGCCCGGUAGGUGAAGUAGCAUGCUUCAAUGACUCUUGUGGUGAAGGAGAGGUGUGUGUGGCAGAAGUUGGGUUGCUGGGGUGUUACCCUCGUCGCGAAGCAGUCUGUUCGUUGGCUCAGACUCGAAUACUGGCUACAUUUGAUGGGUCCACAAUGCUAUUCCCUGAUGAGAGCUCAUUCUACCUGGUGAAGACUUUGGGCCGCUUGCCUGCAAACGUUACAUCAGUCGAGGUGAAGAUUGGCAGGAAGCUGGUGAAUAAGGGCCCUUCAUGGCUACGGCCAGUGAUUGUUAGGGUGUCACAUUUGGAAUCACAGAUAGGAGGCUCAGAUUUUGACUUGAUCAAGGUAAAUGGUGAAUUAGUAAUUCUUCCUUAUGUCCAUCCAGUUAAGCCUCUCAUGAUAUACCGUUCCUCUGGUAAUACCACCGUGAUUGAAUGGAGUGGUCUGGUCCGCAUCCAAUACUCCCGUCAAGGCUUCCUAAACAUCACUCUCUCCACUCUCUUUUACAACACCACGUGUGGUCUCUGUGGUUUCUUCAACGGAGAUCCAAUUGAUGACCUCCGUCUACCCAGUGGCAGGCAGGCUGAUACAGCAGAUCAGUUUAUUGAAGGCUGGAGAGCCAUUGCAGAUGAUCUGACAUGUAACGGCGAUUGUGAGGACUUGUAUCGUAUGUGUACAGAUUUAAGGCUGUACCGGAGCCCGUGGUUGUGUGGAAACAUCAAUGACCUAGGAAACAGCUCAUUCCUGGCUUGCCACACAGCUGUAAACCCAUCUCCUUUCUUUAGGAACUGUCUCUACAACAUGUGUGUGCGGGAGGGAAACCGUUCCGCUCUGUGUAACUCCCUACAGGCAUAUGCUUCAGCUUGCCAGGAUGCUCAGAUCAACCUAGGAUCCUGGAGGAGUGCGACCAACUGCCCUUUACCCUGCCCAGAGAACAGUCAUUUCGAUGAGUGUACAUCUGCAUGCCCUCUCACUUGUUCUAAACUGGACAAUCCUGAGGAGCCAUGCCCAGAACCUUGCUCCGAGGGCUGCCAGUGUGAAGAGGGCUUUGUCCUGCAUGACGGCCUCUGUGCGGCACGUAGCGACUGCGGCUGCUUCUACCUGGGUCACCAAUUAGCCACCAAUGAGACAUUCUGGACGGACUGGGAGUGCCAGGAGCGAUGCUUCUGUAACGGCACGGAUAACAGCAUCUACUGCACCUUCUCACACUGUCACCCUGAGGAAUACUGCCAAGAGGGUGAAGGUCUGUUUUUCUGUCAGCCGAGGACAGAAGCCAUGUGUGUUGUUGCUGGAUACGGACACUUUUUACCAUUUGGAGGUGUCCCAUUUGACCUCCAGAGCAGCUGCACUCUUCAUCUGGCAACUACUGAGUGUGGAGGAGAUGAGGAUGGAUUUGGGGGACUGGACAGUGCAGAGGAGGUUCUGGCAGGAUUGCCCAGGUUCCAACUCUCGGCACGUAAUGAGGAGAGAGACACAGGCCAGGCUAUAUGGCCGCGAGGAUUUGUUCUGGAGGUCUAUGGAUAUGAGAUCGAGGUCUUGCGAAGCUUCAAACACACAGUCACGGUGAAUAAAGAGCGCCUGUACUUGCCAUUAAAACUUGGUCCUGGGAAGGUUAACAUCUACAACCUGGGUCUCCAGUUAUUUGUGGAGACAGACUUUGGCCUGAAGGUGGCUUUUGACUGGAACACUCUACUGCUCCUCACACUGCCUCGCAGUCUCUUUAACGCCACCUGUGGGCUCUGCCAAGGACUGCCAAUUUCUGGCCCAGCGCUCAGUGUUACCGAAUGGGGUAUGGCAUGGGCAGCCCGUGAUACCUUCUGCCAGGUGGGAUGUGGUGACUCUUGCCCCCGCUGUGGAUUGGUUGAGAGAGGUUUGGCUGCUGAGGUUCCCGCCCAAGUAACCAAUGAUGUUAGUGGCACUGACAAGGAGAGUGGCAACCCAGGCAGCCGUUUCCACUUUGCUGAAGGGCUGUAUGUGUAUACUGAACCUGAGGCGGUGAGAUUGUGCGGUCUUAUAAUAGAUCGUGGAGGUGUGUUUGCACGCUGUCACAGCAAAGUAGCACCAGCGUAUUUCUACCAGAGCUGUCUGCUGGAUACAUGUGUGGACCAAGGUGCAAGGGAGAGCAUCUGUAAUUGGCUACAGAUUUAUGCCAGUACCUGUCAGACACAAGGAGUGUCUGUAACUGGCUGGAAAACUUCAACACCCUGUGUGCUGCCGUGCCCCGUGAACAGCCACUAUUCCAGCUGUGUGAUGGUUUGCCAGCCGCAGUGUACACCUGCACGUGUGCAGAGGGACUGUAACCAGUUUAACUGCGUUGAAGGAUGCCAGUGUGACCAGGGCUAUGUGCUAAAUGGCAAGAGCUGUAUCCUCAGUCAGAACUGUGGAUGCUACAUGGAUGGUAAAUACUAUGAGCCUAAGCAGUUAUUCUGGAACAGUGACUGCACCAAGCGCUGUCAGUGUAUUGGACGGAAUCUUAUUCAGUGUGACCCACGGCGAUGUAAAGCAGAGGAAGAGUGUGUUCUACGUCAUGGUGUUAGAGGAUGCUUUGCCCGACGUAACCAGCACUGUGUGGCAUCAGGCGGUGGCGUAUUCCGUACGUUUGAUGGUGCCUAUCUUCGUUUACCUGCCUCAUGUUCCUUUGUUCUUUCAACCAUCUGUCACAAGCUACCAGAGUUAUCUUUUCAGCUCAUAGCCAAUUUUGACAAGUGGAGUAUGCCCAACCUCACCACAAUCUCUCAUGCCUACCUCUACAUCAACGAGGAGAACAUUCUCAUCUCAGGAAGCACAGUCAAGGUAAAUGGUACACCCGUGUCCGUACCUUUUGUCACAGGUCUGAUGACACGAGUGUCCACAUCCGAGGGAUUCCUGGUAAUUGACACUGCCCAGGACAUCCAAGUGCGUUAUAACCGAUUCAACACCCUCAGCAUCACCAUGGGCCCACGGCUGCAGAACAAGGUGUGUGGACUGUGUGGAAACUUUAAUGGGGACCCCACCGAUGAUUACAUCACUUCUCGAGGCAAACCUGCCGUCAGUGCAUUGGAACUCGCUCAGAGCUGGAAAACCAAUGGCAUGCAGAACAGCUGUGAUGAGACUCAGUACGUGGCACUGGCUCAGUCCUGUGAUAAUACAGCAAUAUCAGAGCUCCAGGGAGAGGACAACUGUCUGAAACUCACAGAUUUGAAAGGUUUCUUCCAGCCCUGCCAUGGCCUGCUGGACCCCCUCCCCUUUUACCAGUCCUGUUAUCUGGACGGCUGCUACAACCACCGUAGGGCCCAGGUGUGCGGCUCUAUGGCAGCCUACGCUGAGGCCUGCCGUUCUUUUGGCACGCUCACUACCAAGUGGAUUGCCCAGGAGAACUGCUCAGAAUGGAUCUAUGACCCCUGUGCAGGAGAGAUCUGCUCGAACACCACAUGUGAGCAAGAGAAUGGAGGAGAUCUGUGUGGCUGCCCUGAACUACCCAGUACUGACUUUAGUGAGGAUGAUAUCAUCAAGGCAGAGGUGAACUGUAAGCAUGCUCAGAUGGAGGUUUCCAUCUCUAAGUGUCGCCUGUUCCAGUUGGGCUUUGAGAGGGAGGAUGUACGAAUUAACGACCAGCACUGUGCUGGCAUCGAGGGAGAGGAUUUCAUCUCCUUCCACAUCAACAAUACCAAAGGACACUGUGGCUCUAUUGUACAGUCCAAUGGAACACACAUAAUGUACAAGAACACAGUGUGGAUUGAGAGUGUGAACAACACAGGGAAUGUGAUCACACGUGAUAAGACGAUCAACGUGGAGUUCUCCUGUGCUUAUGAAUUGGACAUAAAGAUCUCCCUGGAGACAGUACUGAAGCCCAUGCUCAGUGUAAUAAACCUCACCUUGCCAACCCAAGAGGGCAACUUCAUCACGAAAAUGGCACUGUAUAAGAACUCCUCGUACCGGCAUCCAUACAGGGAGGGUGAGGUGGUGCUAAGCACCAGAGACAUCUUGUUUGUGGGGGUGUUCGUGGAAGGAGCAGAUGAUAAACAGCUUAUUCUCAUAGUCAACAUGUGCUGGGCUACACCAUCUCGUUAUAGCAGUGAUCGCCUUCGUUAUAUUAUCAUAGAGAGAGGGUGUCCUAACAUCAAGGAUAACACUAUAGGCAUGGCUGAGAACGGAGUGUCCCUCACCUGUCGCUUUCACGUCACCGUCUUUAAGUUCAUUGGUGAUUAUGAUGAGGUGCAUUUGCACUGUGAUGUCUCUCUUUGUGACUCAGAGACCAAUGCCUGCAAAGUGAAUUGCCCACACAACAAACGAAGUUACACAGAUUACAGUCAGCAUAAAGAACAGAUCCUAUCAGUGGGACCAAUCAGAAGAAGAGAUUCAGAUUGGUGUGAAGAGGAUAAUGGUGGCUGUGAGCAGAUUUGUACGAGUCAAGUAACAGGUUCUGUUUGUAGCUGUGUGACAGGAAUGCUGCAAAGAGAUGGGAAGAGCUGCCGAGUCACCAGUGUAAGUGCUGACCUUCAACCCCUGGUUCCUCUAGUAGCCAUUGUUGUAGGCGUCAACAUCUUUCUGCAAACACACUCCUCGGUUUUCUUCUCUUAACGCCCACCAAGCAAAACCAAGGGAGAGAGUGGCACAGACAGACAAAAGGAAGGAGAAAAGCCAAACAGAGCCAAUGAGGGGAUGUGCAAAGGAUGCAACUGCAGUCCUGUGGAGAGGACCACAUCUGAGCAGUUCCCUUCCUCGAAGCGAAAACUGUGAUCAAAUUCAACCAAUCGAUCCUUCACGAGCUGGAUAGCUCAGAUAUAAAACAACAUACAUCGGUCCAACUUGAAUCAUGACACCCUACAGACUCCGAAAGAACCCAACUCUUAUAUAAGGCAUAAAAUGUACAUACAAAAACAAACUGUCACUUUGAAAUGUAGUGAUAGAUAAACAGCUACUGAAUAUUUCACAGACACCAAUGACAGUUUAGGGCGUUACUUAUUAGAUGAUGAAUUUUCCUGAGAAUCAUCGAAAUGUGAGGGCAUGUGUUGUGAGAAUGGAUGAUAAUUCUCAACACCAGUUAUGCUGAUGUUUGUUUGUAGUUGAUUUAAAAUUCAUACAGUACCCUCUCCAGCCCUAAUUCUCAAUUUGCCAUUUUGUUUGAUAUUUAAAGGUGCAAUCAGUCAUUUUUUUCCUAAUUAAAAAAGUUGUACUCAUAAAGUAAUGAUAAUCAUUUUGAAACAAAUAUUAUAAAAUUGUGACCAUUCAUGAAGACUCCAGUCACAUGAGUGACCUUACAAAUGCUGUUUUAUUCUACACAGAGAGGGUCUACUCAUGGGGGCUGCCAUAUUAUGAUCACAUGACAUGCCAAAUAUUACAAGAGACAGUUUGGCAGAGACAGACCACUGGUAUUAAAAGUAAUGGGAGAAACUGGAGCGCCCAAUGAAUUUUGAAAAGGAUGUUUUUUAUGAUACCAAUUUAUGAUCUCAUUGUUGUCAGAUUUUACUGCUGAUUUUAAUGAUGUUCUUUGAUUGUAAUCUUGACCAACCAUUUUGGAGAUUUCGUUCUUUCCCCAAGUAGAUAGAGCUGUACUUUUAUGCCACUUACAUCCAUAUAAACAGCUUCCUGGGAGCGUUCUAAAGAUGGCCGCCGAGUGGACUGACUUGCCUUGAAAGGGACUACUCCAUUAAUUUAAGUUACCGCCCUAUUAUUGGACACUUUCACUCAUAGGUUAAAUGAAUGGUUGACUGUGAAUAGUGAAUUUCAACAAUGCCAAUGCCAGGACUAUAGUAUCUGAAUGAUGCUGCUUCCAGGCCCUUGGGUGUCACUGUAAGUUGAAGACUAUACCCAUUCAAAAAAUUACUGAGUGCACCUUUAAACCCCCCUUUUUGCCAUAUUGAAAUAUUUCUGAGAUCAAAAUGCCAAUCAACAAUUGUUUUGAUUUGUAUUCCUGUGGAUACAAAUGAGUGAAUAGUAUUCCAUAUGAACACCCAAAUGUUCUAGAGUAGCCAAAUGUUUAAAGCGUAUUUAAGCUGUAUAUGUUUGUUGGACGUGAACUUUUGCCCUGUUCCAUAAAUACUCAA